AUGGAAGACCAAAUCUCUCAGAAGCAGACUCACCAUUCAGAGACUCAAGUUUCGGAAGGCAUUGGUGAGGUUGCACCAAAGGUGCAUUUCAAGCUAUGGAGCGCGCUCGGCUAUCAGUAUUGCGCCCAAGUCACACCACUGGUGGUCGGCACCUAUCUUUCCCUGACAAUCGGUCUCGGGGGCUCUGCAGGGUACUUUUGGUGCUUUGUUUUUGUCGGAAUCUUCCAGCUCAUUUUCUGCCUGGCCGCGGCAGAGAUGGCUUCCGGGAUACCACAUUCUUCAGGUCCAGCCCACUGGGUUAUAGUCCUCGGCCCGCCUAAAUGGUCUCAUGUCAUCGGCUACAUACUUGGCUGGGUCACCAACUGCGGUUGGAUGUGUGUCUGUGCAGCAUCCUCACUCUACCUGGCCCAACUCACAAUGGCCCUCAUUGUCGCAUCUUAUCCAGAUUUUGACCUCCAGCCGUGGCAUACUUACCUGGUGUACAUUGGAUACUCCUUGUUGGAGCUCUUCCUGAAUCUGCCCAUCAUGUUCAAAGUCCUCAAUCUCCUGUUGUCCACCAACAUUGUCUUGAUCAACCUGACGUCUGUUUUCCUCCUCAUCGUCUUACUGGCAAAAGCCGGUCCGAAGCAGUCGGCAUACGAGGUUUUCGUCCACUUUGUGAACGAGUCUGGAUGGUCCUCGGAUGGCGUUGUCUUUUUUCUUGGAGUUUUGCCCGGAUUAGUGGCCUUGGGCGCUUUCGACAAUGCUUCUCACCUGACCGACGAAGUCUCAAACCCAUCGAAACAGAUCCCACAAGUCUUGCUAGGCUCGACUGUUAUGGGAUUUUUGACAGGAGUACCAAUGAUCAUGGUCUACGAGUUUUGUAACGUCGACCCGGAGAGCCUUCUGGAGCCCGUUGGUGGUCAGCCCAUCGUUCAACUGAUUCUCAACGCCACGAAUUCCUUGCCCUUGACAAUUGUGGGGACGGUAGCGAUCAUGUUCUGCUUCUUUAUCGCGGGCUGUUCUUACUGGAUCAGCUGGUCGCGCCUAUACUGGUCCUUUUCGAGAGAAGGAGCUUUGCCUUUUGGAAAAUACAUGUCAAAGCUGUCUGGCGACCAGAGCUUGCCGAUCAACGCUCUCUUCUUGGUCACCUCUGUCACGAUUGCGCUGGGCUCAAUCCAGCUGGGUUCCGCCAUCGCCAUGAACGCGCUCCUCGGUGGCGCCGCCCUCUGCACUGUCUCCGCGUUCGCUGCCUGCUUCGCAUUCGUCACCGCGGCAAGGCGGCAUACGAUCCCAAUCGAUGGCUCAACCUCGGACGCUUUAGCACACCGUGUUGCGCUAUUUCUCUAUUGUGGCUCCUUUUUGUUUUGGUCUGGCUUUCUAUGCCACUGUAUCUCCCAGUCACUCCAAAAAGCAUGA